AUGAGGGUGAUCGAAGUCAUCAUUGACGGCUUCAAGUCGUAUGCCGUGCGCACCGUCAUCUCGGGCUGGUGCGUCUUCAUGGCAUUCUCAGAGAAGCGACUGAUGACUGAUUUGCGCAAAGGGNACGAGAGCUUCAACUCCAUCACUGGUCUGAACGGUAGUGGCAAGUCCAACAUCCUCGACUCGAUAUGUUUCGUUCUCGGCAUCACCAACAUGACAACGGUCCGCGCCCAAAACUUGCAGGACCUCAUCUACAAGCGCGGCCAGGCCGGUGUCACAAAGGCCUCGGUGACCAUCGUCUUUGACAACAAGGACAAGGCAAAGUCGCCCAUCGGUUUCGAAGACUAUCCCACCAUCUCUGUCACUCGCCAAAUCGUCCUCGGCGGCACUUCCAAAUACCUCAUCAAUGGCCACCGCGCUCAGCAAACCACCGUCCAGAACCUGUUCCAAUCCGUCCAACUCAACAUCAACAACCCCAAUUUCUUGAUCAUGCAGGGUCGCAUCACUAAGGUCCUGAACAUGAAGAAGGAAGAGAUUCUGGGAAUGGUCGAGGAAGCUGCAGGCACACGUAUGUUUGAGGAUCGCAGAGACAAGGCUUUCCGUACAAUGGCAAAGAAGGAAAUGAAGGUCCAGGAGAUCAUGGAGCUUCUACGCGACGAGAUCGAACCCAAGCUGGACAAACUGCGACAGGAGAAGAGAGCCUUCCUUGACUUCCAACAAACGCAGAACGAUCUGGAACGCCUUACACGACUGGUCGUGGCUCAUGACUAUCUCAAGAGCAAGGAAAAGCUUCGUAUGAGCGAAAAAGACUUGAACGACAAGCGGCAGAGAGCCAUGUUCCUCGAAAGCAACGCAGAGAAACUGAAGAACGAGAUUGCCUUCCUGCAAGAGGACAUGAACAAGGUCAAAACUGCAAGAGACAAGGAGUUGAGAAAAGGUGGUAAAUUCCAAGCUCUGGAGGACAAGGUCAAGGAACAUUCUCACGAGCUGGUCAGAUUGACUACCGUCUUGGAUCUCAAGAAGUCAAGUAUGGCUGAAGAGGAUGAGAACCGCGCANAAAGCCAGGCAACUGUCCAAGAACUCGGCAAGCAACUCGAACAAAAGUCUCAACUACACAAGCAGCUCCAGGAACGUUACGACACAGCCAAUGCCGAACUCCAGAAGCAAACUGCUGAGGUCGAACAGAAGGAGGAACUUCUGCAGACAUUACAGACUGGUGUCGCCUCUAAGGAGGGUCAGGAAGGUGGAUACCAAGGUCAGCUUCAAGACGCUCGCAACCGACUCAGUGCCGCAUCGACGGAACAAGAACAAGCGAAACUCAAGAUCUCGCAUCUGGAAAAACGUUUGAAAGAGGAUGAGCCUCGCGCCAAGAAGGCAGAGAAGGAGAACGCUGGCUUGUUGAAGUCACUUGAUGGCCUUCGUUCUGAGGCAAAGGCGCUGGAGGUCGAGCUCUCGAGAAUCGGCUACGAAUCUGGUCGGGAAGAGUCCAUGCACAAAGAACAAUCGCAGCUGCAACAACGCAUUCGCGAAUUGAAAGAGCAAGCCGACGCUCUCAAGAGACGAGUCGCGAACAUUGACUUCAGCUAUAACGACCCGACACCGAACUUUGACCGUUCAAAAGUCAAGGGUCUGGUGGCACAGCUAUUCACUCUGGAUAAGAACUUUACUCAAGCAGGCACAGCUCUCGAAAUCUGCGCCGGAGGCCGCUUGUACAAUGUUGUAGUUGAUACCGCGCAGACCGGUACACAACUACUGCAGAAUGGCAAGCUGAAGAAGAGAGUGACCAUUAUUCCGUUGAACAAAAUCUCUGCCUUCCGCGCCGCUUCUGAGGUAUNNAAAAUUGGUGCCGCAAGGAACAUGUCAAAUAACAAAUGUGACCUUGCACUCAACCUCAUCGGAUAUGAGGAGGAAGUCAAUGCCGCGAUGGAGUAUGUGUUUGGAAACACCCUGAUCUGUGAGGACGCUGCAACUGCCAAANGGGUCACUUUCGAUCCUGCUGUUCGUAUGAAGAGUGUCACAUUAGAGGGUGAUGUCUACGAUCCUUCGGGUACUCUGUCCGGUGGUAGCUCACCGAAGACAAGUGGUGUACUGGUCACCCUCCAGCAACUGAAUGAAAUCACAAGAGAACUCGAUGCAAGACAGGCAGCUCUGCAUCAGUUACAAUCGACCAUGGCGCGAGAGAAGCAGAAGCUCGACGCUGCGAGAAAGUUCAAGCAGAAUUUAGAUCUCAAGAGCCAUGAGAUUUCGCUCGCUGAGCAGCAAAUCAAUGGCAACUCGUCGUCCUCGGUAGNNAUCAUUCAAGCGAUCGCCGACACCAAGGCCGGUAUCGUUGACCUUAAACAGAGUAUCGUCGAAGCCAAGGCACGUCAAGACGAGGCGGCGAAGGAGGUCAAGCGCAUCGAGAAGGACAUGAAUGACUUCAACAACAACAAAGACAGCAAGCUCGUCGAGCUACAAACGGUACUUGACAAGCUCAAAAAGUCGCUCAGCAAGAACUCUGCUGCUAUCAGGCCACUACAGCAAGAAGUAAGAGAUGCUAUGCUUGAGGCAGAGCAAUGCGGCAGUGAUCUUGCAGCUGCUCAAGAGCAGUUCCAGGAUGCAGAAGUCAAUCUCAAGACACAACAGGAAGAGCUGAAGUCGUUGAUGACCGAAGGCCAAGCUGUCAAAGAUGCACACGACUACGCUCAAGCACAACUAGAUGAUGAGCGAAAGAAGCUGUCAGGCUACGAUACUGAGCUUGCGGAUCUCGAAGCAGCCUCGCGAUCAAAAUCUGCCUUGAUCACCGAGGAAGCUCUCGAGGCACAGAAGCUGGGUCAUCAGAUUGAGAACUUCUCAAAGCAACAGCAAGCCGCACGUCAGACGCUACAGACCAUGGAGAAGGAGCACGAAUGGAUAGCUGAUGAAGUCGACUCUUUCGGUCGAUCCAACACUCCUUACGACUUCAACGGUAUGAACAUGGCUGAAAGUAAACGCUCGCUUGCAGGUUUGAGUGAGCGCUUCCAAGGCAUGAAGAAGAAGAUCAACCCCAAGGUCAUGAACAUGAUUGACAGCGUGGAGAAGAAAGAAGCAUCCCUGAAGAACAUGAUGCGCACAGUCAUCCGCGACAAGAAGAAGAUCGAAGAAACCAUUGCUCAACUUGACGAAUACAAGAAGGAAGCCCUGCACAAGACCUGGAGCAAGGUCAACGUCGACUUUGGCAACAUUUUCAACGAACUGCUCCCCGGCGGCAAUACAGCAAAGCUCGACCCACCAGAGGACAGCGGCGACAUCUCUAAAGGUCUCGAAGUCAAGGUCUGCCUGGGCAAAGUGUGGAAACAAUCCCUCACCGAACUCUCUGGUGGCCAGCGCUCACUCAUCGCGUUGUCGCUUAUUCUGGCUUUGCUACAAUACUCGCCGGCACCCAUGUACAUUCUUGAUGAAGUCGAUGCUGCAUUGGACUUGAGUCAUACACAAAAUAUCGGUCGUUUGAUCAAGACGAGGUUCAAGGGCAGUCAGUUCAUCGUCGUCAGUUUGAAGGAUGGCAUGUUCCAGAACGCGAACAAGAUCUUCAAGACGAGGUUCUCGGAUGGCACGUCCGUGGUCCAGGUGCUUACGCCUGCGGACCUGAAGUGA